ACGACAAACUGCACCUCCGACUACAUCGACUCGCUGUCAGUCAAUAGUAAAUUGUCAUUAUUUAAUGCCUACUGAAAAAUACUAAAGGCUGAUCAGGGAGGACCUUGUAGAACUGGUACUAGUAGAGAGCUAUAGGUGCCAGUGGAUACGGUACAGCUGCCACAGGUCUGUCCGGCAAGAACACGUCAGAUGUCUUCAGAUCAGUCAAUCAAUUGAAUGAUGUCCGGGAGCAGUUUGUCAGCCUGGUGACAGAGGCUAAUAUCAAGGCUCUACUAGACAGACUUCAGCAUCCACAUGAAGGCAGAAGAUUUAUCAACAAGUUGGAGGCAGAAGAGGUGAUACAAAAAAACCCUGAGAGGGCCGACAAGGCAUGUUCUCUUAUUGAUAUGGUGAUUAGUAAAUGUGAUGCUGCUUGCAAGAUGAUGUUAACCACAUGGCAUAAUCUAGACCCCUCCAGCCAGAUAUUGAACACACCGGCACAUGUCCUCACAAGCCAAAGGGCACUAGGAUCCUCCUCAAGGAUGCCUCCAUGUCAAGGUUCUCCUCCAGCAUCGUCUCGUGUCAUGGGUGCUGAAAGAAUGGCAAAUGAAAUAAAAACUACAGUGAUUAAUUAUAACUACACUAUGCCUAUUCACCAAGCCCACCCAAACCUGAAGAGGAAGGCUGAAAGCAUUGGAAUUGGGACUGUUGGAAGCACUGUAAAUAACGCCAAGAGGCCCAAAAUUGAGGACCACCUUGAGAAAAACAUGAAGACCGCACCCAAGGCACCUGUACCCAAGAAGCCUGCUGCAGCUAAGGAGCCUAAAGUCAAGAAUCCUACUGCAGCUAAGGAGCCUAAAGUCAAGAAGCCUGCUGCAGCUAAGGAGCCUAAAGUCAAGAAUCCUACUGCAGCUAAGGAGCCUAAAGUCAAGAAUCCUACUGCAGCUAAGGAGCCUAAAGUCAAGAAUCCUACUGCAGCUAAGGAGCCUAAAGUCAAGAAGCCUGCUGCAGCUAAGGAGCCUAAAGUCAAGAAUCCUACUGCAGCUAAGGAGCCUAAAGUCAAGAAUCCUACUGCAGCUAAGGAGCCUAAAGUCAAGAAGCCUACUGCAGCUAAGGAGCCUAAAGUCAAGAAGCCUGCUGCAGCUAAGGAGCCUAAAGUCAAGAAGCCUGCUGCAGCUAAGGAGCCUAAAGUCAAGAAGCCUGCUGCAGCUAAGGAGCCUAAAGUCAAGAAGCCUGCUGCAGCUAAGGAGCCUAAAGUCAAGAAGCCUGCUGCAGCUAAGGAGCCUAAAGUCAAGAAGCCUGCUGCAGCUAAGGAGCCUAAAGUCAAGAAGCCUGCUGCAGCUAAGGAGCCUAAAGUCAAGAAGCCUGCUGCAAAAAAAAUAGUUAAAUAAAGAUUUAAAACAUAAGAGCACCAGGUGCAUAUGCCUAAAAUUCUUCUUAUGAGAUGUGAAGUUUUAGGCAUAUUGCCUUUAAAACAUUCAAAGCACGAGCUCCGUGUCUCCGUGCUCUGUGUCACGUUCACUCUCCAUGUUUGUUUGUGUUGCAAAUUUCCCGUGUGGAAGAACGCAAAGCGUCGUCCAAUUGACAAAAAAUAUUGCCGUAAAUAGUGUGAUUUGCGACACAAUUAAAUAAAUGAUAGAGCAUUAUAUGAAACGAUAGACGUUUUUCUAUCGUCAGACGAUAUAUAUAUCGUCAUAUCGCCCAGCCCUAUUAUCGAUCAUAGUCUGCCGCUGGAAAAACAUGUCUUAUGGCUUCACACCCCUUUCUAUAAUGUGAAUAAAGAGUUACUUGUCUAACAG